AUGCUUCUUCCCAUCACCCCACCUCGUCGUCCUACCACUUUACCACCUUCUCAAGACCCGUUUGAUACACCAUUGUCAACAACUCUUCAACUCCCUCUGGAUCCACCACAAUCUGCUUCCACCCCACAUUCAACUACUAUCACGCCUAGCACUACGACAGCAACGCCCAAUAGGGAAGUACGAACAGCCUACGUCGCCGAGCGAAGCUCCGCGGAUCUCAUCAACGUCCUUGAUCUUGUUACUCCUGACAAAGACAAAGACAAGAUGAUCGGUAGCGGUGGGAUAAGAAGUAAGACUAUAUCUCCACCUCUUACGCCUGAACGAAGUCAUUUCGACAAUCACAACCAUACGAACAACACUUCGCCUGUCACCAUGACAACGAAGACUCCUCCCUCUCAUCAUAGCAGUCCUGUCGGAUCGGGCGAACCUUUCAUUUCGCCACCUCGUCCACCCCGUCCUGCAAUAUCACCUUUGGACAUGGAAGAUGACGAGAUAGAACAGAUUGCCGAACAACCCCAUUCAUUAUCCGCUUUCAGACAAUCAUCACCCCGUGACGCCAAUAAACCUAAACCAGGGAUGGACCAAUCAUUCUGGAGAUGGUCCAAUGCUACUUCCUCAGUUGCUCAAUCAGAACAAAAUCAACAACAUGUUCCUGCUCCACCAUCAACCUAUACAUACGCAUCUUCGAUAUCACAACCGCCCGAAAUGGAUAAGUCAUUCCUUAGGAUGACCCGUACUACCAUUUUCUCAGAUUUCUCUGCUCCAUCCACUGUACCUGACAUUCCUGAUCCCAGCACACUACCAAUCCCCUUCAGAAGACCAUCCGCACCGAAUGGUAUGACAUUGCUUUCUGCUAUUCCAGAGUCGGCCGCUGUUAAUAAUCAAGAUAUGAACAAUAUCCACCAAUCGCCUAGAGGAGGGCAAUCGGAUGUCGAAGAAGAGAACCCCAAGCAUGAUAUAGAGAGACGUUCAAGUGCGGGCACAUUUGGGUACAAAAAUCCUAGAUCGAGCAUCAUCGGUUCAGUCAGAUCAAACUCGUAUGAAAAUCAUCGUACAAACAAUCACAAUCACGAUCCCCGAGUCAACCCUUUCUACCCUUCGCCACCACCUUCCACCUCAAGAUCUAGACCUAGACCUGUAUCCAUGUCGUCUGCAGCACCCAGCGAAAUGACAAUGAGUAAUGCCGCAUCUGCCUCGGCCUAUUCAGGUAGGGCUUUGGACGAUACUGCGCUAGAAGCUCGAAAGGCUUUAGGGGUAUUUACUCCGCCGAAAGCGAAGAUCAUCCAUAAACAUCAAGAGAGCGAAGCUGAGAUUGAGAAUUAUCUAAAGAAGGCUAGUGAGAGGAAUCAGAGGAGCAUUGUACCUUCAGACCAGCCUAGGGCAUCGACUCCUAUUAAGAAUGGGCUACAACCUCCCAUCGAACUUAGAGAUGGCGAAGGGGACGAUGAGGUUGUUGAUUUACCGAAGAAGUUGGUGAGAAAUGGAAAUAAGAUCGAGAGGAUGUUAGGUGAAGGUGCUGAGAAUGCAAGAGUGGUAAUGGAGAUGGAUAGAAGAGCCAUAGAAAGUGUCAUUGAACAAAGAACAGUCCCUUCUCCCGGUCUUCCCCCUCCUCUACGAAGCCAUAAACCCUCUGCGUCCAUGCCCAAUCCCGCGGGACCCCUCUCCCUCAAUAAUUCGUCUCGUCCCAUGGCGCACAACCGAUCCCAUACUCUCGCUCAAAAUGAAUCUCUUGCUUCUCCACCUUUGACAUCGCACGCUAAUACCCAUCUGAGAUCAGCUUCUAUAGAUUCACUACCUUCACUCCAUCCCUCAUUGAGCGAAUCUAUCAAUACCCUCUCAGGUCUCUUACCUGCAUCACCAACCAAACCCAGCAAGACAGAUAACAAAAUCUCGCCCUUUCCGCCUACAAAAGUGAACGUAGGAAGAUUCACAGACAUAAGAGCAAGAAAUGACCUUACCCCUGAACAACGUGCGAUUCUCUUACGAAGAACAAGGAAAUUGGAACAGAUGCUGGGAGAAGCUUUACCGGAGAAACAAAUUGAGAAGUUGGUUAUCGAUCCUGUCAAUUCAAGUUCUACUUACCUGACGAAGAAUUCUGAGGACUCAUGGCCAAAAACUCCACCUUCCUCAUCGAAGGUACCCGAAUGGGCAAGAGACGACGUUAUACCUCACAGAGCGAAAGAUUCGUCUCCUGAACCACACCAAAACCUCAAUGUUGUCAAAUCGAAAGGUUCUCUGGCGGAUAAAGCGAAAGCUGCCCUAGGUCUUGGAUCAGGAGCUGGAGGAAAAGAUGAUCUAAAGGUGUAUGUGUCUCGUUCACUUCAAGAAUCGCAUACGAUAUCAAGAGGUAAUUCUUUCAAUGAUAGUCAUCGAACUGGCGUGAAUCGAUCUUCGUCAGACAAUCAUACUCCGCCCGAUAAGAAUAAGCAUCAGAGUCCAGCGAGUUCACCUACUACACCUGCUACUGCUACGACUACUACUAGUUCAAGCUGGCCGACCGAUGAGAGGGAUGAGGAGGAGGUGAUAAGGAAGAAUAGGAGACAACAAUUGGCCAAGUUGCAUCGAUUAUUGGGAGCACCGAUCCCACCUGAAUUACUCAACCCCAAUAAUCCCACUUCACCAUCUUUCAACUCUACGUUCAACCUUCCUCCACCUCUGGGACUGGGAACGAACAGAUCACCUUCUCCCUCCCAGCAAUCGUAUAUAUCAUUCGAAGAUACCCCGACUCCAUCGAAAUGGUCUUCGAGGUUGAAAGUACCUCUCAACUCAUCCUCGUUCAAAAAGAAGGCAAAUUCGAGUUCUGUUCAAUUAGUGGCGGAUGAUCAGAGUUUCAUCGAUUUAAGUGAGAGUCGAUCGAAAGGUGGGAUGAGUAGGGAAGAGAAGAGUCUGGCUAGGAAAAGGGCGGCGAAGCUGGAGCAGGUAUUAGGCGACAAACCACCUCCAGAAUACCUACAUCACCAUUCAACAACUUCGACUCCCUUACAUUCACCCGUACCCCAACCCCGCGCUCAUCUGAAUCGGACCCCUACACCACCUGCAGGAACGGGUAACACCGCCCGACCUCAACCAGCAGGUAGCAGCGCAGACAGAGGUUCAGCUUACGAUGCAUAUGUGGCCUCACUCGAGGGGCUAUUGUAUCUCGUUGAGAACGAUCAGUCUAAACUGGGUGAGAUGAUGGACACCAUUUCUAUGGUAUCUCCUCCUAUAUCACCUACUAGAUCUCAGAGCCAUGGUGUUUCUGGUGGACAUAACCAUUCUAAAUCUUUGGAUUCGAAUGGAAGUAGGAUCAAAACUCCCAGUCCACCUUCACCAUUGAUAGACUCACCACAAAGUCCCAAGUCCUUCGAUCGGGAUCAUAAAUAUGAUUAUCUAGACUUUGAUGAAGAUGACCCGGAAGAAGUAGGAGUGGAUAGGGAGUCACAUCAAGCUAGAAGGAGAAGGAAAGGUAAAUUAUCGCAAUUUUUCGGUGAAAAUAUAAAUAUAAAUAUACCGCAUGAUGAAUUGCCACCUCCUAGAAAUCAUAACACCACCUUUGGUAGUAGUAAAGGUACCUGGACUAGAAGGAAGGAAACGUUAGAUGGAAUGUUAGUGGAAUUAUGGAAGAAUGUACAGUUCGAAAUUGGACGAGGGACGAUCAAAGUUGAUCAAGAACGAAAGCUCGAGGAGUUGUUGGGGUUGGUGAGGAGUAAAGAGAAUGGGUUGGGAGGUGGGAUGGGCAUAGGGAGUGGGGGAAGAGGUAGAGGUAGAGGUAGAUGGGAGAUGAUUUGA